AUGGAAGGUAGGAUCCAAGCUCUUCUCUCCACAAUUCUAGUUAUGACUUUGUGUGCCACUACUUUUGUGAAACCGGGACUAGCUCAACUUCCUACCAUUCCUGGCUCCCCAAUCGAUCUCACAAAAUGUUUUUCAACGCUCUUCAACGUUGAAGGUUGUGUGAUGGAAAUCUACAAGUUUGUUCUGACGGGUAAGUUUGAGAAUAUCAGAGCUAUGUGCUGCAAAGCGUUUAUGGAAGUGGAUGCAAAGUGUUGGCCACAAAUGUUUCCACUGAAUCCAUUAUUCCCUCCUAUUCUUAAGGAUGGCUGCUCUCGCAUCAACUAA